AUGUUCAUUCCGUUUGAAUGGCUUCAUUCCGAACUCAGCAACAUUUGUAGGUCCCUCUUGAGGGUGAAGCAGUUACACGCAUUCCUUUUGAAGACCCAUCUCUCAGAAGACCCUUUUUACGCAACAAAAAUUCUCAGGCAGUAUGCAGUCAACAGCGACAUCAACUCGGCCCAUCAUGUGUUCGACAAAACUUCCGACCGAAGUGUCUACCUUUGGAAUUCCAUGAUUCGAGCUUUCGCGCAGUCCCAAAGAUUUUUCAGCGCAAUCUCUCUGUUUAGAACCAUGCUUGGGGCUGACAUAAGUCCUGAUGGUCACACUUAUGCUUGUGUUAUACGUGCGUGUGCUGACAACUUUGAUUACGGUAUGCUAAGGCGUGUUCAUGGAGGUGCUGUGGCUGCAGGAUUAGGACUGGACCCUGUUUGUUGCAGUGCACUUGUGACUGCUUAUUCAAAACUUGGUCUUGUUCAUGAAGCGCGUAGAGUGUUCAAUAGGAUCACUGAACCAGAUAUAGUUUUAUGGAAUUCAUUGAUUUCUGGCUAUGGGAGCUCUGGUCUAUGGGAUGUGGGGAUGCAGAUGUUUAGUGCGAUGAAACUUGUCGGGAAGAAGCCUGAUGGAUAUACCCUGGCUGGGUUGCUUGUGGGUAUUGUAGAUUCUGGGGUGCUGAGCAUUGGCCAAGGAUUACAUUGUUUAAGUCAAAAGAGUGGGCUUGAUGCUGACUCUCAUGUUAGUAGUUUGCUGGUGAGUUUUUACUCGAGAUGUAAGUGUAUGGAUUAUGCAUACAGAGUCUUUUGCAGUAUUUUGAAUCCUGAUUUGGUCACAUGGUCUGCUCUUAUUAUGGGGUAUUCUCAGGCUGGGGUGUUUGAGAAAGUGCUGUACCUUUUUAGGAAAUUAAACAUGGAAGACAGGAAGGCAGAUACUGUCUUGGUUGCCAGUGUAUUGGCUUCUAUUGCUCGGACGGCAAAUGUAGGACUUGGGUGCGAGGUACAUGGAUAUGCUCUUCGGCAUGGAUUGGAACUAGAGCGGAAUGUUGUUUCUUAUAAUUCUGUAAUUUUGGCUUUUGGCUUGCAUGGAUAUGCUUAUGAGGCUUUUAAGGUGUUUGAAAAGAUGCUGGAAAAGGAUUGGUGUUUCAAAUGCAAAACCAUGUAUCAUAACGUAAAAUCUGAAAUAUAUUAA